AUGACCAAACCUAUAACAUGGUUUGCCACGUGGCUUCCAUUAAUCAAAUUAGCACAGGCGGUGAGUUCUGUGUUAGGGGUAAAAUAAAUGUUUGAUAAUUCAAUUUCAGGUCUGCUUGGCUGUUGUGAUUUUAUUGUUUGUUGAUGGACGUGAGCAAUGGUGAGAUUUUGAACACUUGGCUUUUUGAAAAAAAAAAUGUUUUCAAAAUUUAAUUUCAGGUUCGUCUACAACUUGGUUUUUAUUUUUUCGGCACUUGCUACUGCUUUUGCAUUGAUUUCGAUUCUUUUCAGAUAUUUUGAAUUGAAUGGAUCAAGACAGGUUUCAUUUAAUGUUGUUGUGAGUUUUUUUUUGGAAAUUUUCAGGUUGAAAUAUUUAUUGAAUAUUCUUGAAAUCAGAAAAUUAAAAAUUAAAAAAAAAAUGAUUUUUCAAAGAUAAAAUAAAAUUUUCCAACUCAACGCAAUUUGAAUUUCCAGGAACUUUCUCUAAAUGCACUUUGUACAAUUAUAUCAUUUUCAUUGUCUUGCGCACUUUUAUGGGAUAUUUGGAAUAUGCGAAAAGGAAAACAUGAGAUCACAUAUCAUACUCGAUUUCCACCGCAUUUUAUUGGAAAUCAAGCUUGGAUGAGAAGAUGUGUUAUUGUUGCUGUAAGGUUUUUCAUUCAAAUAAUACAAUUUAAAAUUGAAGAAAACAGUAAUUCAAAUUUUUAAUCUGCGAACUAUACCGCGCUAACUUUUUUGAAAACGUUUUUUCGCCACGUCCUAACUGUUUUUAAAAACUACUAAUUUUUUCCAAUUUUCAAAAAUUUAUCGUGAUUAUUAUCUAGACUAAUUAAAAUUAUUUGCAAAAAAUCCCUGGUGAAAUCUACCCCCUCACCCCUAACCCCAUACUUAGAUAUUUCUCUAUUCAAAAUAUUUUCAGACAACACUUCUGAUCACUGGAAUUCUCUUCCUCAUCACAUAUCUCAAACUUCACCAUUCGCACUCUUCCAGGAACUAA